AUGGAAUAAGAGAGCCACGGCCUCAGGCGGUCAGAGGGAUAGCAACUACCUGUGCUAGUCUUAAACAAGUCUCAACCAGUUUCCUGGCUGUGUUAGAACUCUGCUUCUUCCACCGGUUGGGACUGCUGGGUGAACGGUGGGGUGGAGUGUUCCCUUUCGUUUUGAGCCUGCGUGAGUCUUCUUGUUCCCCCCACAAGUGCACGCACAUGCAUGCACACAGACACACACGCACACGCGCGAGAGACCAGCUUCCAGUGUCUCUCCCUCUCCCAGCCUCCGAAUGGCUGUGGAUUCUGUUUGGGACUAUCAGUUCCGGAUCAUCAUGCUGGGAGAUUCCACGGUGGGGAAAUCCUGUCUUCUGAAGCGCUAUGCCGAUGGGGUCUUCCUCGAGUCCACGAACCAAACCGUGGGUGUGGAUUUUUACGUUCACUUUGUGGAGAUGGAGCCCAACCUGCGUGUCAAGCUGCAAUUCUGGGAUACGGCGGGCCAAGAACGGUUCAGGUCAGUGACACGGUCCUACUACCGUAACGCAGCUGGAGGAGUCCUGAUGUUUGACCUGACCAACCGUGUAUCAUUCGAGAACAUCAGGAUCUGGCACCAGGAAGUGGUGGACACAGUCAAACCUCACCGCCCGGUUUUUGUGCUGGUGGGGAACAAGAGUGACCUGGAGGCUGAACGGAAGGUGGGGCAAAAGGAGGCUGAGAAGCUGGCAGUUUCCCUUGAAGCCAAGUAUAUUGAGACUUCGGCGAAAAGCAGCCAGAAUGUGGAGGCAGCUUUCCAGAUGUUAACUCUGGGCAUAUACGAGGCCUUGAGAAGUGGGGUGAUGAGACCCACUCCACAGUGGGAUGGGGUGAAAAGCAAACUGCCACCUCUGGUUCAGCCAGAGGUUCCUGCUCAGGAAAAGAGAAGGAAGUGUUUCUGCUAGCGAAAGAUAAGACCCGCUGGGGCAAUGCUCUUGUGUUACACUGUUGCAGCUAGGUUCACCCACUCUGCUAAACGGUGGCUUGUGAAACGAUGGUUUGUUGACUAAGCCACCAUUGGCUAAGUUCACACAAUCUGCAGAGUCCUUAAAUAUGGUUUGCCCGUCAGAGCGAUUGGGUUUGUAGAGCAGAGAAAUCCUAAAGCAAGCAAAUUUGGUGAGUCUACCUCGCGGGCGCAGCCUCAGAGACUCCAUCACAGAGGCCUACAGCCUCUCGUUUAGUCUUGCAAGCCGACUGAAGGUUGGAAAUACAUUAUGAAAAAUGGCAGGAUUGCUUGCUUGGGGCAGGGGAGCGGGAGGGGGAGUGGGGAAGAAGCUGGCCAAAGAAAGAUUGGCUCGGAAAACGGGCUGGGAGCUACAGAGCCUAAUUUCCCGAGAAAUGUCCCCAACGCGUCCUUAAGGGAAAGGGAGCUGGGUAGCGAUUUGGAAUGUUGGUGACUACUCCAUUCUAAGCACCCUCCCUCUUCACCACGUGACCCAGCACACACCAUGUACAGUCCGUCCUGUGCUUUCCAGGGCACACCAGUCACAAACAUGUAUGUGCAACAGAGAGAGGAAAGACACUCACCCUGAUUAGCACUCUAUGUAUAUACCUUGAUUAGUCCCUGGGGAGAAAAUAUGCAUGCACACACAUGCACAUAGAUGUAAAAUGUUACUUCAUUAUGCAGAAUGCCUGCUCUGGUAAAAGGGUUGGAAAGAAUCCCAGAAACCCUGCUUCCCUCUUUUCCUUAUUGAAAGCCAAAAUUUGGGAGAGAUACAAUACCUAUAAAAUGCUCCAUAUUAGUCACAGAUAACUUAUUUUGGCAGGCUAAGGUUUUUCACUGACAGUGCCUGCGUCAUAUCCUUUCAUUCCUGCCACUUGUGUAAAAACUUUUCUCAUUUUCUCACAUUUAUCCCACUUAGUUAUAACCUCGCACCACCCAUCAAACAUUUUUCCUUCCACCACUGUUACUCAGGACACACAGAAACAAAGGCAGGUUUACCAUUUUUAUUGCUCAGGUUAUAAAUAAAACCUCCACCCAUUCACACGUUCACAUAAUCCUGCGUACCUAGCCAGCUUAAAGGCUAGCUGCCAGACUAGGGUUGAACUCAUGAAGAAUCAAGCGGGGAUACCCACUGAGCACGGUACCUUGUUUUGUGUGAUGGCUCUCAACUAGUUUCCAUACACAUUCUCUUAAUGCCAAACAAGGCUUCGUUGACCGUCACAGCUCAGCUUGUCCCUCCUUGGCACUUAUCUCACAUUUCUGGGUAUUCAAUCCAGUUCAUAUGAGAGCUGUUAUUGAGAGAAUAAUUUUCUGUUGUGGGAAUUGCAUCUGGUGACUUUUUUUUUUUUAAACUGGAUCAUGUUUAUUAAAAUUGUCCCCAUUACUUACUUACCAGGGGUCCUUUCCCAAUCUACUGUGGCCAGCCCUGAGUGGUGGGGGUGGUCUUCAGAAUUCUUGUGUGUGUGUAAUUUUAUUAAAGGCUUUAAAAAAGGAGAUAAAAACUAAUACAAACUAA